UGGUCGCGGUACGGCUCGCAUUUAGAAGUGCGGCAGCGCUGAGGAGCGACACAACGGAAGAUCCCCCUGGAGCUGAGAGACCAAAGGCACCAAGGAAACCCAAGGAAAGGAGCAACAUGGAGGCGGCAACAAGUGCUAGCCGAGUGCCCGCGGUGGUGCAUCCCGCUCUGAUGUCAGAUCCCUGGUUCAUGGUCGCCGUGCUGGGGGUCUAUCUGUACUUUGUCACCGUUGCGGGUCCACAGUUUAUGGAAUUUCGAAAGGCAUACAAGCUCAAGAAACUGAUAAUGGCGCACAAUUUGAUCCAGGUGGUGUCCUGUCUAUAUGUCCUCAAUGAGGUGUUCUUCAUCACAGACUACGCAGUGCAGUACUUCUGGGAGUGCAGGGAUUUCGGCAAGAGUCCAGAGCACGUGCGGCGCCACUUCGAGCUGGCCCACUUUCUCUUCUGGCUGAAGCUCUCCGAGCUAGUAGAGACCGUGAUUUUUGUUCUGCGCAAGAAGCAAAAUCAGGUCUCCAAGCUGCACAUCUUCCAUCACUUCUCCACGGUGACCCUGGUGUACAUGAUGAUGCACUUCAAUGAGAACGGCACAGCUGCCUACUUCUGCGUCUUCCUCAACUCGAUUGUCCACAUCUGCAUGUAUUCCUAUUACUUCGUGGCGGCGGUGGCCGACAAGGACUUCGUUCGGACCCUGACACCCGUCAAGAAGGCCAUCACGGUGAUGCAGAUGACACAGUUCGCAUUCAUCCUAAUCCAGGUGGUAUUCCAGCUGGUGCUGUGCGGCAUUCCGCGCUUCGUGCUGUACUACUACACCGCCGUCAUCACGGCCAUGUUCUACGGCUUCUACGACUUCUUCACGACCUCCUACCAGAGCAAGAAGCGCCACAAGAGUCUAGCGACGCCCAACUGAGCCCUCAAUUGGGCACAAUCUCAAAAUAAAGGCAAACGAGCCACCAACAAGUGUG